CUCAACAUCACUCACCAGUUACAAGUUACUAUGCUCAGGUCCAGGCAACAUAUAGGCAGGGGAAAUGUCUCUUCCAAGACUUAAUAUGGAAGAAAUGAUCAAUGAAGACAUUUGGACCUGGAGUUCACUGUGCCAACUAGAAGUAAACACCAGAACAUACGAUAAUUCCAUUCCAAUCAGUGAAUCAAGCAGAAAAUCAUGGAAUGAAAAACACCUUGCUUUGACAUUUCCCAAACGACCCCAGAGAGGUAGAAAUGAUAAAUCAAGACCUUUGAAAUCACAAGUAACAGUUACUAGUCAUGACAAAAGAAAGUCAGAAGAAGUCCAGAAACCAGCUUAUGUAUGGAUAAUGCAUUCUUUAAGAAGAAUUUUGCAGUGGCCCUCUAUUAACAUAGCUGCCAGGAAACAGACUCCAUUCAGACAUCUUUAUACUUCCAAAACCCAUCUUAAAAAUGCAGAAUACAAAGAGUCCAAAGAUGAAAAAGGAGGAACACCUUUGAAGAAAGAUUUCAAGAAUAAAAGAGGCUCAUAUGCAACAAAUCCAGAAUCCAAGAAAACAGUAGAAGAUGAGAAAACUAAAAGACAAAACGAGACAGUUAAAACUUUCAUAAAAUCAUCACAUGAAAAUAGACUAUCUAAAAAGUCAAAACCCAAUUUGGAAACGAAUUCAGAAUCCAAAAAUUCUAAGGCAGUCUCAAAAACUUAUUCACAGAAAGAUAAGAAAGAUUCAAAGGAUUCCAAGAAGAAAAACACUGAAUCCAUACAUACAAAGAACAAUCCAGAGAUAGAUUUGAAGAGGCCAAAGACUAUUAAUGAUGUCAUACUAGAAAUUUUCUCAGAAAAUAGUUUAAAUGUUGAUUUUCUGAUGUUAGUAGAAGGGUCUGAUGAUGAAUCCAUAAGUUUUGAUGCAUGGUUAAGGAAUUACUCACGGAAUAAUUCAAAGAAGCCUGCAAAGAGGGACGCAGAAAAGGAUGCAAAGAGAAGCUCUGGUGCUGAAUCUGAAGACUCAAAGGAUUCUGAGAAACAGUCAAAGAAAAGUAAGACAAGUGCCAAGAAAGAUGACAAGAAAAAGGAUGUAAAGAAGGGCACAGAGUCUACUGAUGUUGAAUCUGGAGACUCAAUGGAUGUAAAAAAGGAUUCAAGAAAGUCAAAGAAAGCUUCAAAGAAAGAUGACAAAAAAAAUGAUGCAAAGAAAAAUACAGUCUCUACUGAUUCUGAAUCUGAAUUGGAGUCGAAAAAGAGUCAGAAAGAUGAAAAAGGGAAUAAAAAAUCUUCACGGCAAGAUAAAAAGUCUGUCAAGAAGAAUGAAGAGUCUACUAAUGCUCAUUCUGAAUCUGAAAGAGAUUCAAAAAAGGAUAAAAAAGAUGAAAAGAAGGGGAAGAAUUAUUCAAAGAAAGAUGACAAAAAGAAGGAUGCAAAGAAAAACGUAGAAUCCUCUGAAAUGGAAUCUGAUUUGGAGUUAAAGAAGGAUAAGAAAGACUCAAAGAAGGAAAAGAAAGGCUCAAAGAAGGAUGUCAAGAAGGAUUCAAGGACAGACACAGAGUCUACUGAUACUGAAUUUAAUGAAUCUUCCAAGACAGUCUCUAAAAGGUCUACAAAACUCAAAGGUUCAGAUACUGAAUCUGAAAAGUCACUGUAUAAACCUAGGGCUAAAAAGAGAGUUGAUGAAUCAAAUGGCACAACUGCAAAUUUAAAGAAGGAAGGACUGAAAUUAAAUACAGGAUUCACAAUGUCAUCCAAGAAGACUACAUUCCAAGAGAAAGGGGGAGAAGCAAGUGCAGGUAGAGUUCCUUCAUCAAGAGAAAGACCACCACUUCCUCCUUGUGACCCUUUUCUACCAUCACCAAAGGUCAAACGUUUUUGUCUGUGCAGGAUGCCUCCUCCCUCUCCAAAACCAAGAUAUGCCCCUUUGCCUGAAGCACCAUGGAUUCAUAAGCUGCUUUAAAGAACAACUGAGCACUUGGUUUCACAGAACGUCCUUACUACAGUAAGCACCAGCUCCUCUCAUAUGAGCACUUCUACCUCUGUGGAACUGAAAUAAAAACGUCUUCCAUGAGUAUCAAGAGCUGC